AUGGAUUUCAUCAAGACCAGUUCCCUGCGUGCUCUGAGUGAGUUAACUUUCCAACGCAACUGGAACGGCCUCAUUUGGAUGAGUAGAAAAGGAGUUAUAACCAAAAGAGUGAAGACUGUCCAGACGGCUCUAUCGAGGAACCGCGGCCAAGCCGUGCAAAGCGGCCGGACGAGGAAUGAAUGUUCCGCGGUCUGCCAAGAUCAAAUCCAUCCGUCCAUGCCUCGGCCAAAGUUCUUCACUACCCGUCCAAGCUCCAGCCGAGUACGCAUCACGACCCGGGAAGCAAUGUCCGGCGGUCGGCCACGCCACGCCCACUCAAGAUGA